AUAUUAUUUUUUAUAUAUAAAUUAGUAAAGAAGCGCACAACCAAGUCUCAAAUUGUUAGUGUGUUAUCUGUACUGGUAAUGGUAUAUAUCGCCUAUGGUUAUUUGAGAGCGCUUUCUGUUUGUGGUACUGGCACUGCGAAAGCGCUUUAAUUUCCUAUCUCGACCGAAUGAGUUCACAGCUACAGUACCCCUCCUGGCCAGCAAGAUCUGAAGCAGACUAACUUACUACACAGACAUCUGCACUGGCUCUGAAUUAGGAAUCGACCUAGUGCACAAAAUUCCAAACAUGUCCGUUAAAUGUCUAAAUAUGACCUUAGGAUGAGAUCUAAACUGAGCUAUCGGAACUGCCAGCAAGGAUUACAAGUGGUGGGCGGACAGGCGGCAUGACGGAGGAGAAAUGCCCCCAGCUAGUAGACUACUUUGUGGUGGCAGGACUGGCUCCUGGGGGCUCUGCCCCGCUGGAUGAAGAUGGCCAGAAGAGAGGUGGCCGGGCAGUGGAGCCGGUCACAGACCUGGCGGUGAUCGCCCGAGGCCUGGGAGAAGAGGUGCCCGAGGGCUUCACCUGUAUUGAGAAGACCCAGGGGGGCCACCCAGCCGAGCUGAGUGCCGGACUCAUAAACAACCCACACAUGUACCUGUGUUACCGCCGGGGGCAUGACAAACCUCCGAUCCUGGAUGUUGGGGUGCUGUACGAGGGUAAGGAGGCUGUGAAGCAGGGCUGGUAUGUAAUCGAGACCACACCCUACAGCCGCUCGGCCAGCCUGAGCUCUGGGGGGCCAGCCGCCCACCGCACCUUUCUGACAUACCGCCGGGCCCACGAGUCCCAGGCCCUCCACACCCUGGGGGUAACUGACAUCUCCCUCCUGCUGCCCAGUAAGGGCGAGGCGGCCCCUCACACCUUCUGCCGGGUGGACAAAAACCUCAACACUGGCAUGUGGGGUCCAGCCUUAUACCUGUGUUAUAAGAGAGCUGUAGCCAAAGCCAACGCCCUCGUCUAUGAAGCAGGUCUCAUCAGUCGGUAUCCGGAGGCGGACGUGGAGUCGUUCCCCCUGCCAGAGUCUGUGCCGAUGUUCUGUCUGCCGAUGGGCGUGACCGUGGAGAGCUGGCCCCUCAACACCAAGUACCAGCUCCCGGUCUUCUCCACGUUUGUCCUCACCAGCGCCAGUGGAGACAAGGUUUAUGGUGCUGCCAUCCAGUUCUAUGAGUCGUUCCCGCGGGAGUGCCUCUCGGAGCGGCAGAGUGUGCGUCUGGGCCUGGUGAGUGUGGUAGACCGGCGGCCCAUCACCAAUCGCACACUCCAGGUGAAGAAGAGUGUGUGUGUUCUUUCCCAUUGGCCGUUCUUCACAGUUUUUCAGAAGUUCCUAACCUUCGUGUACCGAUACUCCAUCUCCGGGCCCCAUGUGCUGCCCCUCGAGAAACACAUCUCCAGCUUCAUGCACAACGUCCCUUUCCCCUCCCCUCAACGGCCUCGUAUCCUAGUGCAGCUUUCCCCCUAUGACAACCUUCUUCUUUGUCAGCCUGUCUCCUCGCCUUUACCGCUCAGUGGUGCCAGCUUUGUGAAGCUGCUGCAGAACCUGGGCCCUGAGAACGCCUGUGUCCUGCUUCUGGCCGUGCUGACGGAGCACAAGCUGCUGCUCCACUCCCUCCGCCCUGAUGUCCUCACCUCCGUCAGUGAGGCCCUGGUGUCUAUGACAUUCCCCCUGCAUUGGAACUGCCCCUACAUCCCCCUGUGCCCGCUGAGGUUGGCAGACGUACUGUGUGCCCCCAUGCCGUUCAUCGUGGGUGUCCAUUCCAGCUACUUUGACCUCUAUGACCCCCCAACUGAUGUGGUGUGUGUUGACCUAGACACCAACACCAUAUUUCAAGCAGAGGACAAGAAGCCGUUGUCAUGGCGAUCGCUACCUAGGAAGCAUGGCAAGGUUCUGGUGAAUUCCCUCACCAACUUGAUGAAGACCCUGGAGAAAAUCUACACCCCUGGCCAGGAGGAGGCCACCCUGGAGUUCCUGCUGACGGACUACGACCUGAUCUAUGGGCGUCAGAAGCAACUGGAGCUUGAGAUCCAGGAAGCCUUCUUGCGCUUCAUGAGCUGCCUGCUGAGGGGCUACCGUACCUACUUGCUGCCCAUCACUCAGGCCCCCUCAGAAAGGACCACCGACUGCAGCUCCCUCUUCAAUCUGCAGGGCUUCCUGAAGUCACGUGAACGCACCCAGCAGAAGUUCUACACCCAGCUGACCAGGACACAGAUGUUCACUCAGUUCAUCGAGGAGUGCUCCUUUGUCAGUGACCGCCACGCUUGUCUCGAAUUCUUUGAUGACUGUGUCCAGAAGUCAGAUGUGGAGAAGCCAGAGGAGGUGCGUUUGAUAGACCUUGAUGAAGCCCACAGUGGGGAGCACACAGUUUUCAUCAUGCCCCCUGAGGAGCCCCAGGAGCCAGAUGGUUCAGAGUGCCCUGCUCACUACAGCUAUGAGACGUUUCCUGUACUCUGCAUGGAGCUUUUUGACCAGCCCCAGGACCAGCUGCGUGUUCCUACCAAGGGCAGUGCCCCAAGCAGCCCCGCCCCACGACGCACUAAACAGGAGAUUAAACUGGCACAGAAGCGGGCACAAAAGUAUUCAGCGGUGCCUGACAUGUGGUCUAAAUGUCUGCUGGGCCACUGCUACGGCCUGUGGUUCAUCUACCUGCCCACGUUUGUGCGGGCGGAGGGUGCCAAGGUACGUGCCUUACAGACGGCAUACGAAGUGCUGAAGCACAUGGAGACCAGGAAGGUGGUGCUGCCAGAUGAGGUGUGCUACCGGAUCCUGAUGCAGCUCUGUGGGCAGUACGGCCAGCCAGUGCUCGCUGUCCGGGUCCUCCUGGAGAUGAAGAAAGCUGGGAUCACGCCUAACACAAUCACCUAUGCAUACUACAACAAGGCAGUGCUGGAGAGCAAGUGGCCCUCCACGAAUCAGGGGGGCCGUCUGCGCUGGGCUAAGCUGCGUAAUGUUCUGAUGGCUGUGGCUCAGUUCAGACAGCCAAUCAGACAGCGGCAAAAGAGUGGUUCAGUGGGCUCAAGGACAGAUGUUACAAUGGACUGUAACCAACAAUCCCGCCCACAAUCAAGCCUGAUUCGUCAGUCCAGCUGGAGCGGCCUGAGUGAAAGCUCCAGCCAUGAGUCCCUGACUGGGUCUAUAAUGAAGAGUAACAGUUUGAACAGUAUGAGAGCUUCAACAGACAAAACAAAGCUCUCAAGGAAGAUGCUGCUCCGGAACGCAGGUGCUAAUGGCUCCAGUGAACCUGCCUCCCGAAAGCCCCCCGCGGGUCCACGAGACCCCGCGACCCCUUCCCCCCUCCCCUCGGAUGGUGUACUGGUGCGCCGUGACCAGGUGUGUUUGUCUACCUUUUACAAAGACUGUGCCGAGACCGCUGGCUCGGAGAGCGACUGCAGCUGCCAGCCUGGGGAGAGAGACAGCAGGCCACCUGGUCCUCGGCACACUGCGAGCCGCAAGGCCGUUGAUGAGAACUACAACAACGUGUCCUCGCCGAGUCGGGGGGGCCUGGCGGGAAAACUACAGCAGCUGCUCACGCCCACUCGCCACGGAGCCUCCAUGAGACGGGCUACCAGCGUAGACGCCCGGCGCUCAGGGCGACAAAACGGGCCGGGGAGCAAAGUGUCGGAACAGAAACCGCCCCGAAAGUCCCAGGUUGGUGAGAGCUUGCUGAAGGCCAAGGAGAGGCUCUACAACGCCACCUCUGAGAGUUCUCUGUCGGUGGGGAGUGACAUUGACCUGCCUGACAACACCAGCUUGGCCUUUCCUCUCCGCAAGUCCUGGGACUCUAACCAAGACAGGGCCGGACUGGAGGUGCUGAUGUCAAGCUGUUCCCUGUGUCGGAGCUGUAACUCCCUGGUCUAUGACGAAGAGAUAAUGGCCGGGUGGACGUCGGAUGACUCCAACCUCAACUCCAGCUGCCCCUUCUGCUCGGCCACGUUCGUCCCCUUCCUAAAUGCCGAGAUCUGUGACUUGGGGCCUGUCAGCAGCCUGGAGCCUACCAAUUGGAAUACAGAGGACGAGGUGGAAAGUGCUGCUAAGCCCCCUGGUGGUUCGGAUGCCAUCCUGCCUCUUAACGGUGUGAGUGAGGACUCCAUCUCGGAGACCAGUGGCUACUCUGACACCAGCACCACGGGUUCGUUGCCGGGCGGGCCGCCCCCGGUGACCGUGGCCUACCUGAGCCCCCUGGUGCUGCGGAAGGAGCUGGAGAGUCUGCUGGAAAACGAGGGUGAGACGGUGCUUGCACAGGGCCAGCUCCUGGAGAACCACUCCAUCAUCUUCUGGAACCUGGUCUGGUAUUUCCAGCGCCUCGGCCUUCCCUGCAACCUGCUGCAGCUGGUCCGUUCCUCGCCGCUGGCCAACCAGCUAGCCCAGACGACAGAGAACACGGCGGUGAGGGUGAGACUGAUGUGGGACACGCUGAGCCCUGACACAAACCACUGGCCCCCACUCUAUAUUAUCUGGAGGAUACACAGUGGUGCGCCUGUGCCCAACCACAGCUGGCGGAGGCACAACCACCCGUUCACCCUGGCCUUCCUGGAGGAAGUGCUGCGCUGCGUCGGCAUGAAUGAGGUGCACAAGGGAAUCACCCUCUUCCUGGAUACCGUACUCAAGCAACCGGGCCCGCCCAAGAUACAAAGGAGUCUGUACAGAGAGAUGCUGUUCCUCACACUGGCUGCCAUGGGCAGGGAUCACGUGGCUGCCUUUGACAAGAAAUACAAGGCUGCGUACCAACGGCUUAGUGGCUCCUUGGGUCGUGAAGAGCUCCGCAGAAAGAGAGCCCAGCCACCCAGCCCCAAGGCUGUGGACUGCAGACGGAGCUUCCUUAUUCCCCUCGAGUGCUAAUUCCCCCUCCAGCUGAUUCCACCUUUGCACCCCAUUGUUGCCACCACCUCGGGAACAGUGAUACCCGGGUGCCAGGAAGAAGGCAUGAGGAAAGCUUGACUGAAAAACACAGAGGAAACAAUGCCUUCACAUCUGGACCGCUCCGCUCUGCUGCCCCCUAGUGACACCUGGCAGCCGUGCUGCAUCCUCCAGUCUGCACCACUUUACCUCACUGUGCUUUGUUUGUGUGAACCUUGUAUGUCCAUGGAAACUUCAUUCACUUCAAUUGUCAAACUGGACAGUUUCCUCAACUCGAUCAUAUGAGGCAUAUAGGUUGGCUACAGUAAUGAUUGGACCUGGUAGAUUUAACCCCUUUUGCCUAUUGCUCCAAGUGCUUAUAUACACAAUUGCAUCUUCAUCAUCAAUAUAAUUUGUGCUGUUUUUUUUGGUCCUAGGCCAUUACAUUUAUCGGUAUGCAACAUGUGAAGCCUGUUACCGAACUGCAAUCUAUGCAUUCAGUGUGAACAUAUUUUAGAACUUGCAUCACAUUGUUUUUAGACAGAAAAUGGGAGAUAUUUAGAUUCUUAAUUGUGGUAGGAAGUGUCAGUAUCUUCAAAUGUAGGUUUCUGCAGUAAAUUGCAGGGGUACUUAUCUCACAGUCAGAACCUUUCAAUUGCAUUUCAUGUCUCUUACUAUUUUGUUUCCCCCUUCUGGAAUCAUUUCUGCUAGAAUGACCUUCAGUGGUGAGGUUUAUCAUUUUGGAGAUAGACCACAUCAGCAAGUCUCUGCCAAUCAAAAAGCAUGAUGUUCACUCUGGGCGAAGAGGUUGAUUAUUGACUUAGGGAGAGGAUGAGGGGAGAAUUAUGUCAACUCUGAAAUUGUAUUUGGUUGAGAAUUAUGUCAGUUGGAAAAAGAUAAUGGAUAGAGGCAGUUUCCUAUAGGUUACAGGAGCAGAUGAGAACAUUUCUAACCUUGCUCAGUGGGGAACAAAAAUUAUCUAUGAUAUCCUUAGUUUGAGUUUGUUUCAGCCCAUAGUGUGAAUAGAGCUGUGAUUGAACUUGGUGCGAAGCAGGAAAUGGAAGAUGGUAUAUAAGUAUUAGCAGAAAGCUAGAUUACAACAUCAGAAACGGUGUUUCACAAUUAUUUAUGUAAAUUGUUAGUUCUAAUAGGCCAAUUUGUGGUCUGUCAUGUGCAGAUUGUUGAUUCUAACAGGGAUGAGUAGCUUUACUACUUCAGUUAGGUCAUUCCAAGAGAUUAGCUGGUGGCACCAGAAUAGAGUUUGCGAAAGAUAUGGAACCAUAACUAUAUGGCCUUGGUUUACAAACCCUCCAGCAAAGACAAUACUACCACCAAUGAAGUUACUGUCUAUGAACAGUGUAAUUGUGGUCUAAAAAGGUUGUAUUUCAUGUCAUCUGCAUUUCAAACAACCUUCCUCCAAAGUGAGUUUAUAUGUAAGAAUUGACAGAACGAUCUCAGAUACCAGAAAUAUUUCCAGGGCCGUGGUAUCUUGUAAUGACUGCGAUGGAGGUUUUGUAGGUGGGAUCAGAGUCAUCUGCGAUUUGUUGUCAUCACCGUACAUAGUACUAACUAAUCACUGUCAUUCACCACACAUGUAGGCCAGAUGUGGACGUGGAGGAAGUUUCCUUGUAGGCCAGUUGUGGGCAUAGGUGGGUUAACAGUGUUUGGCAGAGAUUAAAAAACAAUGUAAGAUUCACUUGAGUUAAAGUAGCUAAGCUACUUCGCUGUCCAUUCUUACCUACUAGGUUCUUGUUUUAGUGUACAGUGUAUACAUGUGAGGCCUUUGUUCUCAUUUUUCAACCCUUUAUUUGUGGUUCAGCUUUGUAGAUGACAACAAUAUAUAAUUUGCACAAUUAAAGAAUAUAGGAUUUUUCAUUUUUGUUCAUUUUCAUAUAAUUUUGUUACAUUGUUAAAAGCCUCUGUUACUUCAAUGUGUUUUUUUUUUUGUGUUUUUUUAGGAGUGCUGUAUAGCAGAGAGAAGAGAAUUCCUUUUCGUCUGCUUUUUAAAGAUUGUGUGAGUGAAAUGAUUGUCCCAGCUAGGGAGUAAAGCUGUGAUUGAAACUGUUUCCCCCUUGACUGUGGAAAGUUUAUAUUUUGUUUAAAACAUUACAGGGAGGUGAAGUUGUAGGGAGAACAAAUGUAAUUAUAUCAUACUAUUUUAGUGUUAACCUGAGGGUGAGAUAUUUUUAAUAGCACUGAUUGUGUUGUGUGUUUAUUCUUAUACCACUGAAAUACAAGGGAGAAAUUGUUUUAGCUGCAUCCAGAAAAAAAGUGCUGACUGGAAGAAAGCAUUGAGUAUUCUCAAACAGUAGAGGGCAGUGGGAUAGUGAAUUGGACUUGAAGAGGCAAAUGAGCAACCCUGGUCUUCAAAUGUUAUGUCUUCAGCAAUAACAUGGUGUAUUCAUGGGGGGGACCUUGGUUGGCUAAUAACAAUGUCCUGAAGGAGACCCAAGAGGAAAUGUUCAAAGUAACUGCCCAAUGAAAAUAUAAUGUUCUGUUAAGUCAUACCCAAAAAUCCUGCUCAAAUGGACUGUAUAAAAAAUGCUGUGGGGUCAUAACGUCAUACUCCCAAGGAGGAUGAGGUGGCUAAUCUGCUGUCUAAAGAUGGAUGAGAACAAAUGUAACAGACUACUAGCAUAGAUAUAUUAAUUGACCGUAAUUUGCCUGCAUUAUUCUGUUAUCGGGGGAAUGCCUAUAACAUUGCAACACAUAGAAGCUGCUUUUUAAUAUACUUAAUUACCAGUAAGGAAAGACAAAUAUUUAGUCGUACUGUUAGUAAUUACAGUUCAUAUCACUGGGCAGUUACUUUAAUAAUGGUUUGAGUUAUGGGUUGAUUAAAAUAGCUUGUAAUUCAAGACUUUCCUGUUCGGAAUUAGAUGAUUAAAAUAAUGCCUGUGUUUUCUCCCCAGCGUAGGCAAUAUUCAAUGUAUGGCCACUUUGUUAUGCACCAGACUUCAAGGGGAUAUUAUGGGUGAUUUAUAUUUGCAUUUAUUUUAUUGGUCAAGUAAACAGAGGAAUGAAGAUUUAAGUAUUUAAAAUGUUGUGUUUGCUGUUAUAAUUUAUAUGGCUGUGACUUCAGUUGUAAAUGUCUUGUUUUAUAUUAAAAAAAGAAAAAUACAGAAAGAUUC